AUGCGGAAGCAGUUGGAUCCACGGAUCCCCACGCUCAUCCGAAACAAUGUCGCUACAGGGCAUCGGUCCUUCUUUGUGAUCGUUGGUGAUCAUGGCCGUGACCAGGUUGUGAACUUGCACUUCCUCUUGUCUCAAUCUCGUGUUGAGUCGCGGCCUAAUGUGUUGUGGUGCUACAAGAAAGACCUGGGCUUUACAACACACCGCAAGAAGCGCGAAGCGAAGAUUAAGCGCGAUAUCAAGCGUGGUGUGCGUGACCAGGAUACACAGGACCCGUUUGAGUUGUUUGUGGGCGUGACGGAUAUUAGGUACUGCUACUACAAAGACACGCCUAAAAUUCUUGGUCGCACGUUUGGUAUGUUGGUGCUGCAAGACUUUGAGGCCAUCACGCCGAACCUGCUGGCACGUACAAUCGAGACAGUAGAAGGUGGUGGCAUUGUUGUGCUUCUUUUACAAACUAUGUCGUCGCUUCGUCAGCUGCACUCCCUCUCUAUGGAUGCUCACCGUCGGUACCGCACAGCAUCUACGGACGAGGAACCCGUGGCUAGGUUCAAUGAACGAUUCCUCUUGUCACUGAGUGCCUGCAAGGAUUGUCUGCUUUUGGAUGAUGAGUUAAACGUGCUGCCCGUCAGCCGUGGUCGUGAUAUUCGGCCUCUUCCAGAGACGCAGAGCUCUCAGAGUACGGGUGGUGUUGGUGCAGCUGUGCAGCAUGACAAGGCAUGGCGUGAGCGUGAUGCCAAGCUGGCGGAUCUUCGUGCCGAUGUGGCAGAGACCAAAGUGGUAGGCGACGUGAUUAAGCAUGCCAAGACGAUGGACCAAGCGACGGCAGUGCUAACCAUUCUUGAUGUUCUGGCCAGCUCAUCGCUGUCCACCACCGUCACAUUGACUGCUGGCCGUGGUCGUGGUAAGUCGGCGGCCUUGGGCCUGUGCUUGGCUGCUGCGAUUGCGCAUGGAUACAGCAACAUCUUUGUGACAUCGCCCAGCCCUGAGAAUUUGAAGACGUUGUUUGAGUUUGUACUCAAAGGCCUGGAUGCUCUAGGAUACGAAGAAGUGGCGGACUGGGACUUGCAGCGCGGUACAGGUGAGUGGAAGGAUACGGUUGUGCGUAUCAAUGUGUUCCGUGGCCAUCGCCAAACCAUACAGUACAUUCAGCCCCAAGACCACGCCGUGCUUAGCCAGGCAGAACUGCUCGUGAUUGACGAAGCAGCUGCCAUCCCUCUCCCAUUGGUACGUCGUCUCAUGGGUCCCUACCUUGUAUUUUUGUCGUCGACCAUCAACGGCUACGAAGGUACAGGACGUAGUCUUUCCCUCAAGCUGUUCCAGCAGCUUCGGUCCAAUGCCAAUGAAACUGGCGGCCGUGCUCUGAAAGAGGUGGAAUUGCGGGAGCCGAUUCGGUACACGCCAGGUGACCAAGUGGAAGCAUGGCUCAAUGAGCUGCUGUGUCUGGAUGCCUCGCUGGCCAAGCUCCCAGCCAAGGCACGCGAAGGAUGCCCGCAUCCCAGUACCUGUGAGCUGUACAUGGUCAAUCGUGACUCGCUGUUCAGCUUCCACCCGGCCAGUGAACUGUUUUUGCAGCGCAUCAUGGCGUUGUACGUCGCUGGUCACUAUAAAAAUUCGCCAAAUGACCUGCAGCUGCUAAGUGAUGCGCCAGCCCAUGCGCUGUUCGUGCUCUUGCCACCACUCACAGGCUCCAGUCUCCCGGAACCAUUGUGUGUGCUGCAGGUGGCCUUGGAAGGUAACAUUAGCCGCCAAGCAAUCCUGAAUAGCCUAGCACGCGGUACGCGCGAUGCAGGCGAUCUGGUACCGUGGCUCAUUACGCAGCAGUUCCAAGAUGCUGACUUUGCCAGUUUGUCGGGGGCGCGUGUUGUCCGUAUUGCCGUUCACCCAGAAUACGCCCGGAUGGGAUAUGGAUCACGUGCGCUGGAGCAGAUGGAAGCGUUCUAUACAGGCUCGCUUCUCGACCCCGACGCCUACGAGCAGAAAAGGGCGCGCGAAGCUGCACGUCCUGCGCCCUCGCGCAGCAAUGAACUGGGUCUGCGUGACGCGUCCACGCUGCCGCCGUUGUUGGAGCGAUUGUCGGAACGUCAGCCUGAAUCGCUGGAUUGGCUCGGUGUAUCGUAUGGCUUGACGUCCGAGCUUUUCAAAUUCUGGAAGCAGAGUGGCUAUACGCCCUUGUAUAUUCGUCAAAAUCCGAAUGAGCUCACAGGCGAGUACUCCGCCGUGCAACUCAAGACAUUGCAUGGCCAACAAGCGUGGCUGUCGGCCUUUGCGGAUGAUUUCCGGAAGCGAUUCAACACGCUUCUUUCGUUCAAGUUCCGUGAGUUACGUACGGUAACGGCCUUGAGUGUACUGGAAGCGGCGUCUGCAGCGGCGUCGCAAGAUACCAAGCCGCUCCAUGUGGAUGAACUUCGCAUGCUGCUGACACCUUUCGAUAUGAAGCGUCUCGAGUCGUAUGGCAACAAUCUAAUUGAACUUCAGGUCGUCAUUGAUCUCUUGCCCAGUCUCGCCUUCUUCUACUUUGGCCGUCGUUUGCGUGUAUACACGGAGGAGAGUGAGCAUGGUAUGGAAUUGCAAGUAAGCGGUCUUUCAGCGGCCCUUCUUCUGGCGAUCGGCUUGCAGCGCCGGCCGUUGGAUGAUAUUGCGCAGGAACUGCAGUUGCCUCUCAACCAAGCCCACACAUUGCUGUGCAAGGCGGUGCGCUACAUGGUCAAGAACCUUCGCGCCCUGGAGAAGCAGUCCCUAGCCGCAGAAGUGGACGAGACUGCCCCACGUGCCGGCACCACUGCGUUUGCACCGCUAACUGAGAACUUGGAAGAAGAGCUCGCGGAAGCGGGUCGUCAGGCUCUGCAGCGCGACGCUGCGAACUCGGAUGCGGAUGAGGAGCUUGAGGCUGGCCGUCGUGCCCUCACAGAAGAUUUGCUGAAUGACAAGGAAAUGUCCAAGUAUGCCAUUCAGGAAGACGACGAAGCGGUAUGGCAAGAAGCUGAAGCGCGUGUUCGCAAGAUGAAGGACGAUACGACAGGCCGCUCCUUCUCAUCCACGUUUAGCAUUCGCGCGAAGCGGCCAGCUGAGGAGCCACCCGCCUCGCAGAAGCAGGACCGCCAUGCCAAGAAGUCAGGCACGCCUAGCAAGAAGCGUCGUAGCGAUUCGAAAGCCAAGUAA